CCGUUAUACUUAAGCCCCACCUUCUCUUCUCUUCUCUUCUCUUCUUCUCACUCUCCAUAAACAGACCAAAACCCGCAGCCAUGGCCGUCGCAAGCACAGCCAACGCCCGCUGGAAGAAAGCCAUGAAGAUCGGACUCUCCCUCUUCCGCCGCGGCUUCAACUCCUCCAAAUGCAAGACGAUGGCGAAGAUGACGGUGGCAAGGAUAAAGCUGCUGAGGAACAAGAGGGAAGUGGUGGUGAGGCAGAUGAGGAGAGACAUUGCCAUGCUUCUCGAGACCGGUCAGGAUGCUACUGCUCGGAUUAGGGUUGAACAUGUAAUAAGAGAACAGAAUGUUUUGGCAGCAAAUGAAUUCAUUGAGCUCUUCUGUGAACUUAUCGUGGCAAGGCUUCCUAUUAUUGCAAAGCAAAGGGAAUGUCCUGCAGAUCUGAAAGAGGGAAUAUCAAGUUUGAUAUUUGCAGGUCCUCGGUGCUCGGAGAUUCCUGAACUUCUGGAAAUUCGAGAUGUCUUUGAGAAAAAGUAUGGAAAGGAUUUUGUUUCUGCAGCUACAGAUCUACGACCAAAUGCUGGUGUGAACCGCAUGCUCAUUGAAAAGCUCUCUGUAAAGACCCCAAGUGGUGAAGUCAAACUAAAAAUCAUGAAGGAAAUCGCCAAGGAAUACCAGGUAGAAUGGGAUACAACAGAGUCUGAGGUUGAGCUUCUCAAGGCACCGGAAGAGCGUAUAGAAGGACCAAACACUUUUGUAAGUGCCACUAGCUUACCUGUGAAGCCAGUUUCAAGGCAGUCUAUUGACCCUAACAACCCGUCAACCACAAUCACAAAUUAUGGAGAAACUGGCAACAAAAAUUUUGAAGACCCAGCAUCUGCAGCUAAAGCUGCAGCCGAGGCUGCCCAGCAAGCAAUUGCUGCUGCAGAAGCAGCUGCAUACCUAGCCAACAAAAAUGUAAGAGCAUCUUCUGGUUCCUAUGGUCAUGUGAAUGAUGAGCAAUAUGACAUUCAGAGGAUGAAUAGAAGGAACUCUGGAGACUCUCAGCAUUCUGCUGGUAGAGUGAUGCCAAUAGACGACAUUCAUGCACAAAAGAUUCUUCGUAGGCAUAGCUACAAUGCAAAUUCUGAUGUCAAGUACGACGAAUCAGAUUGCGAUGAAGAAAUUGAGAUGGAAAGUCCUACAAAUGCUGGUAGAUACCCGCCCAGCCAACCUACUGAUCAUGAUUCUAAACAAAUCUAUAGGAGGCACAGUUACAAUACCGCCCCCUCUCAGCAUUCAGGAGUCAAUUUUGAGGAAUCCUACUAUGCCCCACCCCCAGAGCGCCCUGCACCACAAGUACCUCGUGUUCAUCCCAAAUUACCAGACUACGACGAACUCACUUCCCGAUUUGAAGCGCUCAAGUACCAAAAAUGAAACUGAAUGUCACAAGUAAUACAUGUUCAUCCCGAAUUGCCAGACUAUGACACACCUGCUGCCUGUUUUGCACCUCUGAUGGUUCUGAAAAGUAUAUGUAUUUCCUGCCCUGUUAUUCGACCCCUUUUCACUGAUGUAAUAAUACUAUUUGUUCUAUUCAAUAUAAAGUAUUCUUCA